CGGCGGCGGCUCGGAGCGGGCUCCGGGGCUGGAACGCAACGGCCGGAGGACGCCGGGCUGCGAGGAUUACCGGGGGAAGUGGUUGUCUCUCGGCUGGAGCCGCGGAGAGGGGCGCUCGGGGCGAAGGGCCGGAGCGAGAGGAGACAGGCUCGGGCGGCUGCGGCGGGCGCCCGCGAGGAGCGCGGGCACCGGACGAGCAGGCCGCGUCGCGCUCACCAUGGUCAGCUGCUGGGACACCGGGGCCCUGCUCUGCGCGCUGCUCGGCGGUCUGCUUCUCACAGGAUGUAGUUCAGGUUCAAAAUUAAAAGGUCCUGAGCUGAGUUUAAAAGGCACCCAGCACGUGAUGCAAGCAGGCCAGACGCUGUAUCUCAAAUGCAGAGGGGAAGGGGCCCAUUCCUGGUCUUUGCCUGCAACAGUGAAUAAGGAAAGCCAAAGCCGGAGGCUGAGCAUAACUAAAUCUGCCUGUGGAAGGAGUGGCAAGCAGUUCUGCAGUACUUUGACUUUGAACGCGGCUCAGGCAAACCACACUGGCUUCUACAGCUGCAAAUAUCUCUCUACACCUGCUUCCAAGAAAAAGAAAGCAGAAUCUACAAUCUACAUAUUUAUUAAUGAUACAGGUAGACCUUUCUUAGAGAUGCACAGUGAAAUCCCGGAAAUUGUAAAUAUGACCGAAGGAAAGGAGGUCGUCAUCCCCUGCCGGGUUACAUCACCCAACAUCACUGUUACUUUAAAAAAGUUUCCAUUUGAUACUCUGAUCCCUGAUGGAAAAAGAAUAACGUGGGACAGUAGGAAGGGCUUUAUAAUAUCAAAUGCAACAUACAAAGAAAUAGGGCUUCUGACCUGUGAAACAACAGUCAACGGACAUGAGUACAAGACAAACUAUCUCACACUUCGACAAACCAACACAAUCACAGACGUCCAAAUCAGCACGCCAAGCCCAGUCAGAUUACUUAGAGGUCACGCUCUCACCCUCAACUGCACGGCCACCACUCCCUUGAACACGAGAGUUCAGAUGACCUGGAGUUACCCUGGGGAAAUAAAUAAGAGAGCCUCUAUAAGGCAACGAAUUGACCGACGCAAUUCCCGCAACAAUGUAUUCUACAGCAUUCUUUUUAUUGACAAAGUGCAGAACAGAGACAAAGGACUUUACAUCUGUCAUGUGAAAAGCGGCCCGUCAUUGAAAUCUGUUAACACCUCAGUGCAUAUAUAUGAUAAAGCGUUCAUCACAGUGAAACCUCGACAGCAGCAGGUGUUUGAGACUGUAGCUGGCAUGCGGUCUUAUCGGCUCUCUGUGAAAGUGAAGGCGUUUCCCUCGCCAGAAGUUGUAUGGUUAAAAGAUGGGUUACCAGCCACUGAGAAAUCUGCCCGCUACUUGGUUCGUGGCUAUUCGUUGGUCAUCAAAGAUGUGACUGCCGAAGAUGCGGGGGAUUACACGAUCUUGCUGGGCCUAAAGCAGUCAAACGUGUUAAAAAACCUCACUGCCACUCUAAUUGUCAAUGUGAAACCCCAGAUUUAUGAAAAGGCUGUAUCAUCGUUUCCAUACCCGACUCUCUACCCACUGGGCAGCAGACAAAUCCUGACUUGCACCAUUUACGGUAUCCCUCAACCUACCAUCACGUGGUUCUGGCAUCCCUGUAACCAUAAUCAUUCCAAAGCAAGGUAUGACUUUUGCUCCAAUAAUGAAGAGUCCUUUAUCCUGGAUCCUGACAGCACCGUAGGAAACAGAAUUGAGAGCAUCACUCAGCGCACGGCAGUCUUAGAAGGAAAGAAUAAGACGGCUAGCACCUUGGCUGUGGCCGACUCUAGAAUUUCUGGAAUCUACAGUUGCAUGGCUGCCAAUAAAGUAGGGACUGUGGAAAGAAACAUAAACUUUUACAUCACAGAUGUGCCCAAUGGAUUUCACGUUAACUUGGAAAAAAUGCCUACGGAAGGAGAGGACCUGAAACUGUCCUGCACAGUUAACAAGUUCUUGUACAGAGACAUUACCUGGAUCUUGCUGCGGACAGUGAAUAACCGAACCAUGCAGCACAGCAUCCGCAAGCAGAAAACGGCCGUCACGAAAGAGCACUCGGUGACGCUCCACCUCGUCAUCAAGAACGCUUCCCUGGAAGACUCGGGCACCUAUGCCUGCCGAGCCAGGAACAUGUACACAGGGGAAGAAAUCCUCCAGAAGAAAGAAGUGACCAUUAGAGAUCAGGAAGCACCCUACCUCCUACGAAACCUCAGUGAUCACACAGUGGCUAUCAGCAGUUCUACGACUUUAGAUUGUCACGCUAACGGUGUCCCAGAGCCUCAGAUAACCUGGUUUAAAAACAACCACAAAAUACAACAAGAACCUGGAAUUAUUUUAGGACCAGGAAGCAGCACGCUGUUUAUUGAAAGAGUCACGGAAGAGGAUGAAGGUGUCUAUCACUGCAAAGCCACCAACCAGAAGGGGUCCGCGGAGAGUUCGGCAUACCUCACCGUGCAAGGAACCUCAGACAAGUCUAAUCUGGAGCUGAUCACUCUGACAUGUACCUGUGUGGCUGCCACCCUCUUCUGGCUCCUGUUAACUCUCUUUAUCCGAAAACUGAAAAGGUCUUCUUCCGAGAUGAAAACUGACUACCUAUCGAUUAUCGUGGACCCAGAUGAAGUUCCCCUGGAUGAGCAGUGCGAACGGCUCCCUUACGAUGCCAGCAAGUGGGAGUUUGCCCGGGAGAGACUUAAACUGGGCAAAUCACUUGGAAGAGGGGCUUUUGGAAAAGUGGUCCAAGCAUCUGCAUUUGGCAUUAAGAAAUCACCUACGUGCCGGACGGUGGCUGUAAAGAUGCUGAAAGAGGGGGCCACGGCCAGUGAGUACAAGGCUCUGAUGACCGAGCUCAAGAUCUUGACCCACAUCGGCCACCACCUGAACGUCGUCAACCUGCUGGGAGCCUGCACCAAGCAAGGAGGGCCUCUGAUGGUGAUUGUGGAAUACUGCAAACACGGAAAUCUCUCCAACUAUCUCAAGAGCAAACGGGCCUUAUUCCUUCUCAACAAGGAUGCAGCCUUACACGUGGAGCCUAAGAAAGAGAAAAUGGAGCCAGACCUGGAGCAGGGCGAGAAACAAAGACUAGAUAGCGUUACCAGCAGCGAGAGCUUCGCAAGCUCCGGGUUUCAGGAGGAUAAAAGUCUGAGUGAUGCCGAGGAAGAGGAGGAUUCUGACGAUUUCUACAAGCAGCCCAUCACUAUGGAAGAUCUGAUUUCUUACAGUUUUCAAGUGGCCAGAGGCAUGGAGUUUUUGUCUUCCAGAAAGUGCAUUCAUCGGGACCUGGCAGCACGAAACAUACUGCUGUCUGAGAACAACGUGGUGAAGAUUUGCGAUUUUGGCCUUGCCCGGGAUAUUUAUAAGAACCCCGAUUACGUGAGAAAAGGAGACACUCGACUUCCUCUGAAGUGGAUGGCUCCCGAAUCCAUCUUUGACAAAAGCUACAGCACUAAGAGCGACGUGUGGUCUUACGGAGUACUGCUGUGGGAGAUCUUCUCCUUAGGCGGGUCCCCGUACCCGGGCGUGCAGAUGGACGAGGACUUCUGCAGUCGCCUGAAGGACGGCAUGAGGAUGCGGGCCCCGGAGUACGCCACGCCCGAAAUCUACCAGAUCAUGUUGGACUGCUGGUGCAAAGACCCAAAAGAAAGGCCAAGAUUCGCAGAACUCGUGGAAAAACUAGGCGACUUGCUGCAAGCCAACGUACAACAGGAUGGCAAGGACUAUAUCCCACUCAAUGCCAUACUGACAGGAAAUAGUGGGUUUACGUACUCAACUCCUGCCUUCUCAGAGGACUUCUUCAAGGAAGAUAUUUCUGCUCCAAAGUUUAAUUCAGGAAGUUCUGAUAAUGUCAGAUAUGUAAAUGCUUUCAAUUUCAUCAGCCUGGAAAAAAUCAAAACCUUUGAAGAACUUUCACCAAAUGCCACGUCCAUGCUUGAUGACUACCAGCUGGACAGUGGCACCCUGCUGGCCUCUCCCUUGCUAAAGCGCUUCACCUGGGCCGAGAGUAAACCCAAAGCCUCGCUGAAGAUUGACUUGAGAGUAACAAGUACAAGUAAGGAGUCGGGCCUUUCUGACCUCAGCAGACCCGCGUUCUGCCAUGCCAGCUGUGGGCACCUCAGCAGAGGCCGGCGCAGAUUCACCUAUGACCCCUCGGAGCUGGAGAGGAAGAUUUCGUGCUGCUCUCCCCCACCCGACUACAACUCCGUGGUCCCGUACUCCACCGCACCCGUCUAGAGCCCGACUCAGCACAGCCUUCUUCCUAGAACCACGUGUGUAUUUAUACCCCCAGAAAAGUAGCUUUUGCCAGUAUUAUGCAUAUAUAAAUCGACACCUUUUCCUUUCCACAGAAGCCAGCUGCUUUUGUGUGACUGUUAAUAGUGCUUUUUGUCUCUUUUGACUAACAAGAAUGUAACCCCAGAUAGAUAAAGCCAAGAGCACCACUGCCAACCCUCGCGGGACUCAGAGGAUAGGAGAAAUCCUUCCUCAGCCCCAGGACUUGCUUCUCCUCCCCGGGGCCCCAGGGCCGCCGGGCUCCGGCUGGUUGAUGACACACACUGUCACCUGUCACCGGCCUGUGCUGCAAAGGCGUGGCUCUGGGGCCCUGCAGCAGCUGACAAGGCCUGGGAGAAGGAGGGGAGAGAGGAAGAGAACAGGACAGGGCACGGGGACGGAGUGGGAUGGGGACAGUGCCACUGGGUCCACGUUCGAGAACCAGCCAGGGAGCAGACAGGACAGGGGGUGGGCGGUGAGCGGAGGCCAAAAAGGGCCAAACGUAAUUUUUGGAACGACCAAGCACAUUGCACCACCUCAGCUAUGGGAUGGGUUCUGUGCCUCUUCCCAGACGGGGCACGGCUUUCGUCUCCAGCGCUGGGUGGAGCUCGAAGCCAAGCCCGUCCCCCCGCCGGCCCCCCAGCAGGACACGCUGACCCCGCCCCCUGAGCUGGGCGGGGCGGGGGGUGCCGGGGGCGGGGGCCGCCUCUCCCCACGCGCCGCUCCCAGGAAGCUCAGCCCAGUGAGUCUGGUCUCCUAGGUCACCGGUUCGGCUGAAAGCCACGUUUUCAAAGAUACUGUCGGAUUCCAUCUGGAGUAUUAAUAUCUAUCUAGUCAAGACACUUAACUCAGUUUUUGGUAUUAACCUGUUUCGUACAGUUAGUUAUAAAAGGAAGCUGAGGAGAAGGAAAACAGUCUUGUGUAGGUUUACUCUAGACCCAAACUAGGAUAGAUGGAGGAAAAAAGAGAAGGCGGAGUGAAAACCCCAUCUCCACGCCAACCAGACCAACUCCCGAAAACCGUGGCGACCCGAGGACAGAAGUCAACCAGGUGUCCUUCUUAUUCGGUGGAGACCCUACCCACGCUCGCCUCUUAGACAGAAGAGCAUUGACCAAUGUCUACUAAGCACUUUAUGCUCCUUGAGGAAAAAGGUGGUAUGUAAUUUAUGCAAGAUACUUCUAGAAUGGGGACUCAGGAUAUUAGUUAAUGAGCCGACAAUAGGAGAAAAGCCUCUUUUCAUCUACUUUGGGCCUUGCCUUGGGUCUGAGGAUGAUGGAAAUAGGGAGCCAGGGUACAAAAGGGUGCCUACUUCUCAGGGUCCAGAGGCCCUGGACCCCUCACUGGCUCUGCGUGAUGCUGCGUGUUUAGGAUGUGCACACCUUCUGGGGCCAGCUGGAGCCAGACAGGCCACAAGGAAUCACUGCUCCUGGUAGAGAAGAGGACGCUUCCCUUCUUCACUCUAGAACCUGAGACGGAAGUGAUAGACGGGCCUGUGCUUCCUGCCCCGUGUGCCACAGUCUCGCUUCAAGGCUCUUCGUAUGAAGAGAUGGGAGAGCUGGAACGCCCCCAGCAAGACAUCGGCUGCUUCCGGGGGCAGGGACUCUGCUGGAGGAGCCUCUGGCCAGUCUCCAGCAAGAGUCAAGUGCAGAGAGUAUCAGGCCAGGGCCCUUAGAGGGGGGCCUUCUUCCUGUUCUUCACAAGCCCGAGAGCACCUGUGACCCCUGGCAACAGUAGAAAUCAGGUAACCGGGAGGAGGUCAAACAGGGCAAUUACAAGACCACAAUCGAUUCUCCUGUCUUCUCAAAUCAGUUAAGGAUCCAGCAGUUAGUGAAAACAAAGCAAAACCUUAGCUAUGCAUAUAAUGUCUUGAUUUCAAUAAUCUAACUCUUAAUCAUUAAGAGGCCUUAGUAAUACCAUCUUUCCAAAAGAACACGUUAGACUGUGUUAAUCCGGCUUCCUCAGAGACUCGGGUCUGUCCCAUCAGUCCGGUUUUAUCUGGAGUCUUAACAUAGAAUGAAAACUGGAAGCUGGGAGGAAUGAGUGUAUCCAGUGGCGAAGGGCUUGUCCCAGACGGGUGCGUUGAAACAGCACUGAAAAUGCAAUCACUAGUGGACUGAUGGUAUUAUUAGACCCAUUUGUCAUCUCCGACAGAAAUGGUUGGCCUGAACAACGAGGGGACAAGUACUCCCUUUCAGGACUUGUGAGAUCAAGGACACGGAGCAGCGUGGGUAGGAGGGGACGGGAACCACGCGCGAGUCUGUAUCUAGCUGGUCUAAGAAUGACGCUCAGGCCCGUGGAGCAAGUGGGUCCAAACCCUGAGAAGGUGACCUCGGCCUUCUGGCUGCGCCUCGCUUCCUAGCCCCUAAGAAUGCCACACAGGAAACAACCACGUGUCGGCCCCUUUUAACUGAUCAAAGAAGGAGCGCGUCUUUGGCCGACAGUGGUAGUAACUAUAUGUAUAUUUGUGUGUGUGUGUGUGUGUUUUGUGCAGAACUAUUUAAGGAAACUGGAAUUUUAAAGUUACUUUUAUACAAACCAAGAAUAUAUGCUGCAGAUAUAAGUAAGACAGAAUCUCGUCCUACAUCUCUAGUCACUAUGAAUGUACUUUGUAUGCUAUCUUCAUAUAAUAAAAUUAACUUACAGAAACAUCCA